GUCCUCUCACACAGAUCACACACACACACUCACCUGAUGCACACCUGCAGGUCCUGUCACAUGGAGGUUACUAUGGAGAGGAUAUGAAUGCCAUCAUCCUGUUCACCUCCUGCUACCUGCCAGAGAACACGGUGGAGGACUAUGAGUAUGUCAUGGACAACCUGUUCAGGUACAUUGUGGGAACAUUGGACCUGAUGGUUUCAGAGAACUACAUGCUGGUCUACCUGUGUGCCAUGGCUCCCAGAAACAAACUACCGUCCAUCAAAUGGCUCCACCAGUGUUACACGUCCAUUGACAGGAGGCUGAAGAAGGACCUGAAGGGGCUGCUGGUCGUCCAUCCUGCCUGGUACAUCAGAGCUCUCCUCACACUGGUCAAACCCUUCAUCAGUGAUAAGUUCAGCAGGAAGAUUCGGUUCAUUCACAGUCUGAGGGAACUGUCUCAGUUCAUCCCCACAGAGAGACUACAGAUCCCAGAUGCGAUACGGCAGUAA